AUUAACUCUGUUUGCAGAACUGCGCAUGCUCUAGGAAUAAAAGGGAUCUAAGCCGACAGCAUCAUGGAUGACUUCAAUGCCGGGGAGGAGACUGCCUUUGUCGUUGAUGAAGUGAGCUCCAUCAUUAAGGAGUCCGUCGAAGGAGCGAUCGGCGGAAAUGCGUAUCAGCACAGCCGAGUGAAUCAGUGGACAACAAAUGUAGUGGAGCAGUGUCUAAACCAGCUGACCAAACUCGGAAAGCCCUUCAAAUACAUAGUGACGUGCAUCAUCAUGCAGAAGAACGGUGCCGGGCUGCAGACGGCCAGUUCCUGCUUCUGGGACAACACUACUGACGGAAGCUGCACUGUCAGAUGGGAAAAUAAGUCCAUGUACUGCAUUGUCAGUGUCUUUGGGCUAGCUAUAUAAACACAGGCCUUGCAGGGUUACCUGCACCAAAACCCAGCUUAUUUUUUUGUAAUUAUCUAGUGAAUGUUUUUCCUUUUAAUACAGUGAGUUAUGUCAACCUCAAACUACAGUGCAUUCCUGUUUUGUAAAGCGAGUCUUUAGGGAAAUCAUUCAGUCAAACUUGCCGGGCAUUUCUUCCGUUUUUACCGACAGCAUAUUCAAAUUCCUGUUCCGGUUCUCAGCUGCUGUUAGCCAGUCUCUGUUACUACCAAAGUGUUUCUCUACUGCACUGUGCCGUUAACUUUUCAAGCGAAGUGCUUCUUGUGCAAAGGUUUGUUUUAUGUUUUGGAUAAACUAUUACACAUUUUCCACACUU